AUGAAAUGUACGGCCCGUUGGUGCGACACAGGCGGCGUCGUGGCGGCGAUGGAGCGCGCGCAUCGAUACGUGCCAAAGCAAACCUUUGUGAGCCGCGCCCCCGCGGAUGGUGAGGCAGAGUACCCACACAAACCUCAUUACCUUAUUCCGGACCUACAGCGGUAUGCAGAGCGGCAGCAAGAACACCAACACGCUCACAAGCAGCCUCUGAGCGAUUUGGCACAGCUGAAUGAACCAGCCAUGAGCACCCCUACCGUCGCAUCAGCAACCCUCGCGUACUUCAUUCAGACUGCCAAGAACGCCUUCAAACGCUCCUUGGCGUCCUUUCAGCACCAAGCAUUAGCCUCGCAACCUGCAACCCAAUCGGCUGCCACCUGCACCGCUACGUGGAUGCCACAGUCACUUGUAGGACUGACUGGUGGUGCAAGCCGCAACGAACUCGAGGCAGCCGUGCGCGGCUACAACCCAACAGUCGAUUGGGCACUUCUUCAGCAGAUCGCCGCUCGGCUUGCGAUCGCAAACACACUCCGCAUGGCACGUCAGCUUGCUCGCUACCUUCACGAAUCUGCAACUGCGGCACGAGACUGGAAGAAUUCAAGCAAUUAUGAUGAACACCAAGUGACCGCCGCGCAGGCGGUGGCACUUCUUCGCCGCGCUGCGGAUGUGUGCCGUGCGCGCUAUGUGCAGAAUUCAGCGGACAUGCAUACAACCUCACGCCCCAUGUCGCCAAGUCUCUGGGCGCUGACAUCAGCAGCGCGUGAAAGCGCUGGUAUUGCAACGCGCCUUCACUACUCCUCCGCUUCUACCACGAGGCAUGCACAUCGGCGGCGUCGACAGCCUCCUCGCUGUUUCCUGCGCUACACGAGUGAUGUCCAGGUGAAUGAGGUGCUGCCCAAUGGCGCGGUCGUCACCUUCACGCACGCGACGCGGCCUGAGGAAGUUGGGUGCCGCGCAGCUCCUGCCAAGGGCAAAGGACGGGAGGGAGGCCCUGGCACCUUUGCAGCAGCUGCUGAGGCGAGAAGAGGUCUGCCUUACUUUUCGGCAUCCGUGUCCUUUCGUGAGUCGCUGGAAUCGUGUCUCACCUCUUGUCCCUCCAGUGUGCACCUGCAUUUUGUGCUGUAUCGCCACGGUGUCUCCCUGGCAGCUGCGAUUGCCGACAUCGUGAAAGCCAGCGAAGGACUCAUCUCCGCGCACGACGUCUGCGUUAACAUUCACAUGCCAGAGAAUGACGAGCACGUUGCUGUGCAGACUUGCAGCAUUCGAAUGGCACUUCCGACGUCGGCGCAGCCUCUCAGCGUUGAAGACGCUGUGCAGCACUGUAUGCAUACCGCCCGCGUCAUUCUGCAGCUCAAUCUCGCGGGAGGGGCGCCAAGGGUUGCCCUUCAGCUCCUUGCGUGCCACACAGAUCCUUGCGGGGAGCAGCACACCGUGUCGCGGGUGCUCGAUGAGUCGCCGACGCGGCUGCAGUACGCCCUUCUUCUGCGCGGCUUUGACCAACGUGGAGGCCCUCUAAACCAGCUCGAUCACGCCUCCCUGGCGUGCGCCACGUGCGUCCCGAACUACUUCUCCCCUCAUCAUUUCGGUGCGGCCUCCGUCCCAUUCUUCCGCACCUACCACGUCACCGAAGCCUUAGCCAAGCGCCGCUACGCAGAGGCGGCUGUCAUGAUGGCCUGCCUCGAGGUGGAAGCCGUGGCAGAAACGAACAAUGAGGUACCACCUUGGCUAGAGCGCGCCCUGCAGCUCUUGUGCUGUGGUGAAGACCGCGAAGGGGUGUGGCAGGCGUGGUGGAUUCACGAGGUCCCGGCGGCGAUACGGCGACGCAUGGUUUGCGCGAAGAGCGAUCUGGUAUGGAACGUGCUGGCGAGCUUCCGCCUUCGGGAGCUCGCCAUGGCGACGGGCGGACGUCGUGACGUUCUGCUUGCGGCGGCACCGAAGCCCGGCGACUUUGUCCUCCAACCUGAAGAAGCAAGAGACGGUGGAGCAAGGUCGGCAACCCCCUCGCCGCUAGCACGAAGCGCGUCGGUAACGGUGGUCCACAACCAAGCGCAGGCAGCUCACUACAGUGUUCAUGACAUCGCGGUACCGCUUGUCUUGGACACCAGCAGUGAAUCCGUGGGGUGUGAAAGCCUCGCCGACAUCGAAGCGCAGCUGGGGUUUACAUCGGACCAUUGUUACAGCUCACCUCUGCGUCGCUCACAACGGUCGCGGCAAUCGCACACCUCUCCCUCCGCCGUCACGCAGGCAAACGAAACAGCGUUUCGCCCGCUCUUGAUAGCGGCCACCGGCUACCCUCGCGCCGCUCGGCCGUGGUGCCGAUCCUUCCCAGAGCCCCCCGCGGGCCCUGUAGUUGGCCACCCCAAGACAGCACUGGAAUGCAACGCUACCGUUUUUACCCUCUCCACGGACUUGGAUCUGGCGAGCCAGACGGCAGCAGCUCGCGACUACGCUGCCAAGUCACGCGGCCCACGCGCGCGUGUGUGGCCGCUAAGCAAGCGGGGUCGCGCGCUCACGGAUCGCCUCCCUGCUGGCCUCAUGGCAGUGGCUUCGGCGGAUGGAUCGUCGUUGCUGAGCAGCGCAAGCGCGGCAAACCAUCAUGGGUCUCGCUGCCUCGCUAUUCAUUGCACGCUCCCAGCGCGCCUAUCCCUGGCUAACUUUGUUUCGGAGCUGGCGGUGGUAGAGGACCUGCGUGACUCGUGGGUGUAG